AUGUUGCUACAGAAAACUUUGAAGUUGAUCCUUUGGGUUUCGUUUACGAUCAUUCUUCUAGAAUAUUUUAUAGCAGCAUCAGCAGAUAGUAAUGGAAGCACAUCAUCGCCAAUACAUCCGAUAGGUACAGAUUUAUCAAGCUCCGAUCUGCAUAUACCAACUAUUGCACCAAUUAUCGUGACUACGAGUGUCGCUUUUCUGGUGUUGGUAACUUUGAUUGCUACUAUUUUCAUGACUAAACGGAAUGAACAGAAAGUUGAUGAUUCUGCUAAUUCGGCGUAG